CAUGUCGGCUUUGAUUACGACCAAAUAAAAUCUAUUUUGUAUGCUUCGGUCCAAAUAAUCUUCCAAAAGGCUUCUGGUUUGUCCAAAUGCUCCCUGGCAAAGUUGAACUGGGCAGCUUUGUUCUAUUUUGAGAGCAGAGACUUCUAGCAAACCUCCCAUAAAUGUCAUGUCGGUUUAAUUAUCUUCUGAUUGUAGACAUGAACAUUUACCUCAGAUGCUGCCAGAGAGGUCUGCAACUCUCUACAGGUGAUGUGUGGGUUGGCCUUUACCUCAUUUAUUAUUUUUCAGGUGCUUCUUGAUGAUAGUUUUGAUGGGCAUCCACUUCUAGGGAGGGAUUGGAAUCUCUUGGAGAUGGUCUUAUAGCCUUCCCCAGACUGACGGGCCGAGAUAUCUCCUUUCCUCUUGGCAUUGUUUGACUCCUUGGCACUACAGUGUUUGGUUUCCUCUCUAUUUUAAUCAAUGUUGCCCAGCCACUUUGCUAAGAAUGUCUAAUUUGAUUGGUCGGCUUUACUGAUUAAUUAAGCAUCCAAAUGUGUUUCACUUGAAUUUGUUACCCACUUGACUUUACCAAUGCAGCUGGGGCUUCACUUUUGCACAUACAAUAAAUCAAUCUUUCAUGUAGUUUUUUUGGCCACUCACAAAAUCCCCUCUAAACAAACAUAUGCAAUUAAUCAACAUACAUCUGACAUUUAAUUUUUAACACACACACACACUGUAAAAAAAAAAAAAAGAAAAAAAGAUUACUAGCCAAUGGCUAUUCAGUUGCCAAGGUUGUCCAUAGAGGGUUGUUUUAGAAACAACAGCAAUAAAAAAUAUGUGGUCACCCUCAGUUUUAAAUAGAUUCCUUUCUGAAAACUGACCAGUCUUUAUAAACUUAGAGCCUCCCUCUUUCUCUCCCUCCCAUUUCAGUUUGUCCCAGUCUUUCAUUCUUUAACAGCCAAUUCACUCUUUCAUUGCUUCACUCAGUGCAGCUAAACUUCAGUGUUGACAUCUAUGAGCGGAUUUUAGACUCAUUUGAACUGAACUAAGAGGAACAUGCUCAACAAUAGCUGAAGGACUUUAAAUGUUCAACAGGUGACGUUUGAUGCUCAUAAGAAUCGAGACAUGACCUAAAAACCCACUGACUGAUGAACAUGAGGUCCAGAAUGAAAGGAGUUUUUUGUUGUGGCAUUUUGCCGCUGUUUCUCUGGACAUUUGUAAGCGGACAAGCGUCCUGUCCUAUCGAGAUCAACAGAACAGAGCUACAAACUUCAUAUGAAAAACCAACCAAGCUGACCUUCAACAGUGCCUUUAUGUCUCCAAUUGUACAUUCAUUUCUGGGAUCUGUCCAGCCCAAAGCAUUCCCUAAAGAUCUGCUGAUUAGAAUGAUAAAAGAUAACGAUUACAGCAUGGAGAGGGUUAAAGAGGUUUUGCUAUAUGAGAUAGGUUUCCUGGUCUGCGUGGCCAUUGGGAUCCUCUACAUUGUCCUGAUGCCUCUAAUUGGCCUAAUCUUUGCCUGCUGUCGUUGCUGUGGUAACUGCGGGGGCCGCAUGGAGCAGAAGCAAUCAUCGAACAUCCACUGCAAGCGAAGAAGCUUUUACUUGGCCACUUUUCUCAUCACUGUACUAAUUCUGGCAGGGAAUGUUUGCAUGUUCCUGAGCAGUACAAUCACUUCAGAGACUGUUAUGCGCAGCCCCACAGAACUCACUGAAGUCUUGGAGAAUGUCAAAAACUAUCUUGACACUAUUCCUAAGCAAAUCGAUCAAAUUAAGAAUGAGAGCUAUGCGACUGUGGAUGCGGUCAAAAGCAAUGUCAAUGAAACAGGGCCUUUGCUUGGUAAAUUAAUCCAAAAUGGUCUUAAAGGUCCCCUCGACCCAGCGUUCAAUUCCAUUACUGAAAUAGCCCACGUGAUAAACAGCACCAGCAAUGAACUGCUGAAGCUUAAUAAAACCUUGGAGCUGUUGAAACCAAAGCUGGAUGUGCUGAAAGCUAAUUUAUCUGCUGUGAGACAGCGGAUUGACAACACUUUGCAUAUGCCAGACUGUGUAAACUGCACUUCCCAGCUACCAGAACUGAACAAACUAUCACUGGAAGGAAGCCUUGACUUUCCUGAUCAAGACGACCUGAGAUCUUCUGUAGACAAGGCUAUAAAUGCUGAUGUCAUUGGACAGGCAAAUAAGGGGAGAGACUUUUUUGACAGCAUUCCAGCAAAGGUGAAUAAUGAGUCCAGACUAAGUGUGCAGGUGGCUCUAUUGCAGCUUGAAACAAUAAAAACCAAGAUCUCAGGUGUGACCCAAGGCCUUCCUCUUGAUUAUUUGAAGACUUUCUCAGCAAAACUAACGGACGUGCGGACAUUGAUCAAUGAUAAUUCCCCUUACAUAGAGAGAUCAAGUCAAAUCAGUCGGGCUGUUGGAUUGGUCCUGAGCUGUGUGAUUUUGCUGGUGGUGAUCUGUAACUUUCUGGGUCUGCUGCUGGGUGUAGCUGGACUAAAUCCUAAAGACAAUCCCUCUGAACGUUCUGGCACAUCUAACUGUGGAGGAAUAUUUUUCAUGGCAGGAGUAGGUUUCAGCUUCCUGGUCUCCUGGAUCUUCAUGUUAGUAGUGUUGAUACUUUUCAUAGUGGGAGGAAAUACCUAUACCCUGAUCUGUAAACCAUGGCAAACCAAGGAACUCAUCCAGCUUAUUGACACUCCAGGGCUGAUUCCAGGUCUGAACCUGUCCACGGUCCUGAAUUUGAAAACAAACCUGAAUAUUAUAAAUGUGUACAGUGACUGUCAGAAGAAUAUGCCGUUGUGGACCACAUUUCAUCUGAAUGAGAUCUUCGAUCUAAAUAGUAAAUUAGAUGUUUCACAGUACACUAAUGAGAUUGAUCAGACCUUUAAUGGGUUACAAAUCAACAUAGCAAACAUCACCAUCCUCAGUCCAGAGGUAAAGUCCCAGCUAAACAACUUCUCCAGCAGGACCAGCAGUAUGAACUUCAGCAACAUUAUACAUCAGAUUAAUGACUUGUCAGGGAAUGAUCUGAGCUCAGUAGCAGAAAGUCUGGAUGUCUUGGCUGGCAAACAGAGUAACCAAGCUAAAAAAGAUGAACUGCACGGGGAAGCAAGAGAUCUGCGUGACAUCCAGACUGACGUCAUGUCUAACAUUAUGCCUUUGCUGAAGGAGCUGAACAGCACUGUUAAGAAUCUCAGUGAAGAAGCAUCACAAAUCACUGCAGCUAUGGAAAAUGUUUUCAAAGAAGUUGGCUAUGCUCAGGACGUCCUGAACUACAACAUAUCAAAAAUAGUGCAAACUGAAAGCAGGGCAUUCGUAGACUGUCAGAUAAAAAUCUUUCAGACAUUUCUUUACUGGGCAAAUCAAACGAUCACAGAGAAGGUGGGUCGUUGUGGGCCUGCAGCUGCAGCAGUAGACAGAUCAGAGGAGCUCGUCUGUAAACACUUGGUAGAAUCUUUGAAUGCCUUUUGGUUGAGUUUGGGCUGGUGUAUGAUGUUCCUGAUCCCCAGCAUCAUUUUCUCAGUUAAACUGGCCAAGUACUACCGCAGGAUGAAGUAUUCAGAUGCUUAUGAGAACAAUAACUUCAUGAUGAAUCCUUUCCCAAAGGCCCACCUCAAACCUGAAUUAUUGGGAAAUGGCAAACAACCACAUUUUACAUAAGCACAUAAAUAAAAAUGACUGUUAAGUUAUAAAAAUUGACCCACAGAUCAAUUAAUUGACAAGUAUAGACAAUGUUUAGCUUCUUUGUACCCCUUUCUUUGUUUUUAGUGCAGUAGAUUAUCAUAAAUUCACUUUGGAUCAAAUUAUUUUAGCACUUGAUAUUUAAAUGAAAAGCACAACUUUACUGUUACAACUGUAAUAUGUUUUUGUAUUGUGAGGCAUUAAUGGGAGUUAAAGCUUUAGAACGCACUUUACGUGGUCCUGUAGGCAUUGAAAUUUAUUUAUGCCAUUUUUCAAUAAGAAAUAUGGGUAUCCUGUUAUAGAUAUACUGCUGGCAUAUAUUUUAUAUAAAACAACCUUUCUAUUAGAUUGUCCUAAUAAUGAAUUUAGCUCAUGAGUUACUGUGGAGACUGUGAUUGUAUAAACCAGCAAGAAGUGGCCUCUUUUUGAAGUGUUGUGCUCUGAGGCCUGUUAAACAUUUCUAUCUUAUGUCAUGUAUUAAUUACAAUCAUAAUAAAAGGUGCUGACACUACCAUGCUGAA